AGAGCAGCAUAGCGACGCUGCUAACAGAGGACUGAGUCACAGAAAUCAACAGCAUCCCAAGAGGAGAAGGAGAAGAAGACUCAUCUGCACAAAUGGCAUUCGGUGACCGAGGAGGACGAGGUGGCUUUGGCGGCGGUGGUCGUGGCGGUGGCCGGGGCGGAUUUGGUGGCGACCGCGGUGGACGCGGCGGUGGUCGAGGAGGCGGCCGCGGUGGCUUUGGCGGCGGCUUUGGUGGCGAUCGCGGUGGACGCGGCGGUGGUCGAGGAGGCGGCAGGGGUGCGCCUGGUGGCCGAGGUGGGCCUCGAGGAGGUGGCCGUGGCGCUCCGGGCGGCCGUGGCGGUCGUGGCGGCGCACGAGGUGGAAGAGGUGGUGCCAGGGGUGGUGCCAAGGGCGGUUCCAACGUCAUUGUCAAGCCUCACCGUCACCCGGGCAUCUUCAUCGCCGAGGGCAAGGAGCACCUCCUCGUCACCAAGAACCUCGUGCCCGGAGAGGCCGUCUACGCCGAGAAGCGCAUCAGUGUGGAGACACCCAGUGAGGAUGAGUCUGGACUGAGCACCAAGACCGAGUACAGGGUCUGGAACCCCUUCAGGUCCAAGCUGGCUGCCGGUGUACUCGGUGGUCUGGACCACAUCCACAUCGAGCCGGGCAAGAAGGUUCUCUACCUCGGUGCCGCCAGCGGAACCAGUGUGAGCCACGUCGCCGAUGUUGUUGGCCCCACGGGAACCGUCUACGCCGUCGAGUUCAGCCACCGCAGUGGCCGAGAUCUUAUCAACAUGGCCAAGAAGCGGACAAAUGUCAUCCCCAUCAUCGAGGAUGCUCGUCACCCUCAAAAGUACCGCAUGCUCAUCGGCAUGGUCGACACCAUCUUUGCCGAUGUGGCCCAGCCGGACCAGGCGCGUAUCGUCGCGCUCAACGCCUCGCACUUCCUCAAGGACGGCGGUGCUGCGCUCAUCAGUAUCAAGGCAAGCUGCAUUGACUCGACUGCCGUUCCGGAAGCCGUCUUUGCGGGAGAGGUCAAGAAGAUGCAAGAGGCCAACCUGAGGCCAAAGGAGCAGCUCUCGCUUGAGCCAUACGAGAGGGAUCACUGCAUCGUCACCUCCGUCUACCAGCGCCACAAGUAGUGUGGCAUCGCCCGCCUCUUGCUCGUCUCUCCUUGUACAUCAGCUCUAUCCCUUCCCCCUUUCUCUUCUAUUCUUCUCUUUAACGGUCUGUCUCUACUUUUUCUCUCAUCUGGCUACCUAUCAUUGAUACGAUUCUUGCA